AUGUCUAUCGCAACACUCCCGACGGAGCUUGUAUGGAACAUCUGUGGCCAUCUGGAGCUGCGUGACUGGAUUGCGUUUCGAACCACCUGCCUCGGAGUGUACACGAAGUCGCUGGAUGCUUUUGCGGACCGAUAUUGUAAAAGUAUCGGCUUGAUUCUCACUAGUCACAGUCUUCGUCGAUUGGAACAGCUCGCUGCAAAUAAUUGCUUCCGAACACGAGUUCAAGAGCUAUGGGUCGUACCGUCCUUGUUUGGGGGCUUUUAUGAGAUGGAUAUUGAUUCCUUCGAGUCCUGCACCACUUCACAUAGAGACAGGCUGCCUAUUGCCCAGAUCAAUACGCGGCACACUGCAUAUCAGGCUUUUGUGGCAGAUCAUCUCAGCAUCAUCGAAUCCGAUACUCUUAACAAGGUCCUCAAAGAAUGUAUGGCACGAUUUGAGAACCUUACUGUUAUUAGAAUGCAACAUAACGACUCCGAGUAUUUCUGGAACUCAGAUUCAAUUGCAAAGGAUGAGUUCAGGUGUCUCGGUUGGCGCGACGUAAAACGCCAGCUUGGAUUCAAUCCAUUCGGAUUGAAUAUCAGAAAACCCAUACACAACCUCUGGAGGAGCAGAGCGAAGGACCACGCUAUAGCUUUCUCAGCUCUUCUAGAGGGUGCAGUUGCCUCAAACAGGAAACUCAAGAAAUUAGACAUAUGCAACGAUGAACAUUGUGCCCUACCCUCUUCGGAUAUUACACUCAAACUCACACACAAAUCCCUGCUCUUAUCCCUGGAAGGAUUAGAACACCUGCACCUCUGUAUCUGUAUCUGGGAGGUACAUUCGGAUGAUUCUUCACUCAGAUAUCUCAUCGAUAUCCCUAUAAUAGUUGCACCAAGCCUCAAAGUCCUAACAUUCUCACAAUGGGACCGGAAUGGUGUAAUGAACCCUCACUAUUUUAUCGACCUCUCCCAACGCGUCAACUUCACCCAGCUAGUUGAACUCGAUCUUUACUGGAUCGAAAUCACCUAUGAUACCCUCAAGGCAUUUUUACGCACCGCAAUGCCGACUUUGAGGUCUCUUGCCCUGCAGUCCUUGAACUUGAGGGGUGUAGCCCCAAUGGACACCGAUAGUGGCCAUCAUCUAUCAAGAUGGGACUCUCCAGAGAUGAUUGAGGAGAGCAGUGCUGCUUGGCGACAGGUUUGGAAUUUCCUCGGAGAUGAAUCCUUGCUGCGGUCUCUUUCCUUGAAACAUCUCGGUUAUCGAGGCCAUCGUCUGCACUUGCGCGAUAAUUUGAGCAAUCUCAGUGGGUCUUCAGAGCCGAAUGGGCCGAUAAUUGCUAUCUUUAAUGCUGAGCGUGCUGGUGUUACCUUUAAGGAAUGGGUCACUCAGCUACAGACAGGGCCACCACGGGGGCCGCGGAUAUGGUAUGAUAGCAUGCCAGGGAAAGACUAUACCGCACAGAUGAUUUAA